AUGCAUAUUCUCAAGGCUCAAGCUAUAAUUGCAACCGUUCUGGGUGGCGCGUCGACCUUGACCCAAGGAGCGACCAUCCAGAAGGACUUCGUUCAGCCGGUUCAAGAUAAAGCCUUCGCCGCGAUACAAAGGGCAGAGCCAGAGGCCGUGUUGAAGCGGAACAGCACGUGUACACUCGAGAAAGCUGGUGUUCGUAAGAACUGGGAGAGACUGAGCUCAAAGGAAAGAAAAGAGUACAUUAGGGCAGUGAAAUGCCUGUUAUCUUCUCCUUCCAAGACGGACCCUGCCCUCAACACUGGCACUCGUGUUCGUUAUGACGACUUCGCCGCCCAACACAUUAACCAGACGAUGAGCGUCCAUGUCACCGCAUUGAGAAACGAGUGCGGCUAUACCGGCUAUCUUCCGUACUGGAACUGGUUUUCCCAUCAAGAAAACCUCCGAAAAUCCCCCGUUUUUGAUGGCUCAGACACUAGUAUGGGUUCGGAUGGUGCUUUUGUGCAGCACAACGGAUCCAUCGGGUCGGCCGGCCUGCACAUUCCCUCUGGGUUAGGAGGUGGUUGCAUUGCCACUGGCCCCUUUGCAAAUCUGUCAGCCAAUCUUGGACCAAUUCAGCCUCAGCAAGACGGUCUGAUUGGCAUCGGUACUGCUGACACGCUUCGUUACAACCCCCACUGCGUCACUCGCGACCUCAGCAGCUGGUUGGCGAGCCGUAUCUACACCAAAGAUGCCUUUCUCAACGCCACUGUGCGCGAAACAGCCAAAAACAUCGCCAGCUUUCAGAAUGAGAUUGAUAGUCAGAGCGGAGGGCUCCCAGGUGUUCAUGCCGGCGGCCACCAAGCCAUCUCUGGCUCGAACUCGGACCUGUUCUCCGGGGUUGUAGAUCCUGCCUUUUACUUGCACCACACUAUGAUGGACAGGAUCCGCAAUGCCACGUUGGAGGACAUCAUUGAGCUGCCUUACCUGGGGGUAGAACCGGCAACUCUUGGUAGCUUGCUCGACACAUUGGAUGGGCCAUACUGCUAUGUCUACGCAUAA